UAUAUAUAGGCAUUGACAUAUAUAUAUAUAUAUAUAGUUCAUAUAACGAUCGAUGAGGUGUGAUUCAAAACUGUGGAAAGCUGUGAUUAUAAUGACGAUGGUUAACUUCGGGCUUGGCAUGGUGAAUGUGUUGUUCAAGAAAAUGCUUAAUGAAGGGAUUAAUCGUAUGGUUGCUACUACGUAUAGGUUGAUCACCGGCACCGUGUUCUUGGUACCCUUUGCGGUUCUCUUGGAAAGACAAAACUGGUCGAAGCUCAACACCAAUGUCUUGUGCUUGCUCUUCCUAAGUGCCCUUUUGGGGACAAGUCUUGUUCAGUAUUUCUUUCUUCUUGGACUAGAGUAUACGUCCUCGGCUUUCGCCUUAGCCUUUGGCAACAUGGUUCCUUCCGUCACUUUCGUGAUCGCCCUCGUCUUUAGACAAGAGACGGUGAACAUCAAGAACAAUGCGGGAAGAGCCAAGGUGAUAGGGUCAAUGGUCUGCAUAAGUGGAGCUUUGUUGUUGACAUUUUACAAAGGAACGCAAUUAACGGAGAACCUCCAAACGCAAAACGCAAUCGCCUCAACCGCUUCCCCUAAUGCCGUGCACAAAUGGACGCUCGGAUCGAUCAUGCUGAUCGUAGCAAUAGCCUUGUGGUCAUCAUGGUUCAUAGUCCAGGCGAAAAUAAGUCAGAAAUUCCCAAGCCAAUACACGAGCACGACGAUCCUCUCUUUCUUCGGUGCGAUCCAGUCUGCUCUAUUGAGUUUGAUCUCGGAGAGGAGCUUGAAGAUGUGGAUUCUUAAAGAGAGGUUCCAAAUCUUGGCUUUACUUUACUCAGGGAUAACGGGAUCGGGAUUGUGCUACGUCGCGAUGUCAUGGUGUCUACGGCAAAGGGGUCCGGUUUUCACUUCUGCUUUCAUCCCAUUGAUCCAAGUGUUUGCAGCCAUCUUUAGCUUCUCCUUUCUUCACGAACAAUUUUAUUUAGGAAGUGUUAUAGGAUCUCUCGUGGUGAUCGUUGGACUUUAUAUUCUUCUAUGGGGCAAGAGCAAGGAUAACUCGGAACCUGUAACCAAACAAGGCCAGUUAGCUCGAGGAGUUGAUGGUCAUGAGACGGUGUUGAAGGAAAUCGCCGUAGCCGAUUCGGUGUGUGGAAAGUAACAAAAGGAAGUAUACGUGUUUGUAUUUUAAAUCCAGUGAACCGAAUUAUACAUGAUUUCGGUGCUGAAAACUUUAUUUCAAGCAUAUGUUAAAAUCCGAU